AUGUCGAUCUUGCCAGAGUACAGUAGCACCGUUGCUACCGACCCGGAAACAAGCAUGCAUCGGGAGGGUUUCUGGAAACGAAAGAGAAAGCUUGUUCCCGCUACGAAAGAUGAAGAGGCGCGGAUCCAAUGCGGAUCCUCAGCGCACAACAUCCUCGAGCAGUCGACCAAGGCAAGUAAUACACUCCUCUCAGCAGCAUCCCUCUUGCUCUUGCUUCCGGCCGUUGCUCUCGCCGCGCCCAAACCAAUUGUACACACGCGCACCUCGCCAUCGUUGUUCCCUCGAUCCUUCACGCGGACCCUUGGGCGCCGUGAGACCUGCGUCGACACAUGUGGCUCCACGUGCUACUGGCAGGAAGACAUCGACGCCGCCGUCCAACAGGGAUACAGCCUCUACCAGUCCGGUGAGACUGUCGGCGACAACGACUACCCGCACGAAUUCGACGACCGUGAAGGCUUCGACAUCUCCGUGUCUGGACCAUGGUACGAGUUCCCUAUCCUGAGUAGCUAUAAGGUCUACACCGGCGGAUCGCCGGGGGCGGACAGGGUUGUUUUCAACGAUGAGGGCACACUCGCCCUGGUUGUCACACACACAGGCGCAAGUGGAGAUAAUUUUGUCGAAUGUAGCGGUGCACAGCCUUAA